AUGUCCGAGCAAGCACAACCAAACGGCGAAGAAAUGCACAUCAACCCCCAACGCACCCAAACCCUCGCCGAGAACCUCAGCCACGUCGCCCAACGAGUCCAAACCGCCAGCAACGGGCGGAAGGUCCGCCUCAUAGCCGUCUCCAAGCUCAAACCCGCCACCGACAUCCUCUCCCUUCACAACAGUCCCAGCCAACAUCUCGACUUCGGCGAAAACUACGCCCAAGAGCUCACGGAGAAAUCUUCCCUCUUGCCUACGGCGAUACGAUGGCAUAUGAUCGGCGCCCUGCAGACGAACAAGUGCAAACCGCUCGCUGAGCAAGUCGCAAACCUCUACUGCGUCAGCAGCGUCGACACGGCGAAAAAAGCCGAUGCGUUGGAGAAAGGCCGCGCAGCUCUGGCCGGGAAGCAGGAUUUGGAGGAGAGGAAGUUGAGAGUACUGGUGCAGAUCAACACCUCAGGCGAAGAGGAGAAGAGUGGCGUCGAGCCCGGCGAGGCGGCGGGGUUGUGUAGGCAUGUGAGGGAGAAGUGUCCCCACCUCCAGCUCGCGGGGCUCAUGACGAUUGGAGCCAUCGCGCGGAGUCAGGAGGCUAGUGGACCGGAGGGCGUGAAUGAGGAUUUCGUGCGGUUGAGAGAGGUGCGGGGCAGUGUGACGAAGGAGCUUGGGAUCGGAGAGGAGGAGUUGGAGCUGAGUAUGGGCAUGAGUGCGGAUUUCGAGGCGGCGAUUGCGCAGGGAAGUGAUGAGGUGAGGGUGGGGACGACGAUUUUUGGGGAACGGCCGGCGAAGAAGGACGCCAAGGUGAAGGAGGAGAGGGCUGAUGAGGGGUGA